ACUCAACUGAACAAGAUGCGUUUUGUGAUAGUGGUUUACCUCGUUGCCGUAGGCUUUCUGGGCCCGUUCUGUCCGAAAGGUUCGGAAGCACAAAUGACCGGAAACCUUUUCCCGGCCAGUGAAUUUGUGUGGGGAACCUACUCCAACGCCUACACCGUCUGCUACUCAAACACCGUCAAUCGGCACCUCUUCAGUCUUGUUCCGGUGUCGCAGAUUUUCUCAUUCACGCCAACGGCUGCCCAAUUGACGGUACGUUAUAUUCGAGUGUGGACGGAUAAUUAUCACCCCUUCUAUGCGACGGUCACUACCGGAGGAGUCGGAACGGCCAAUCCAACGGUGACUACCGUGCAGGUCUCCUCGAUUCACGCAGGUAAACUCUAUGCUAAUAUUCAAAUUUUGUGUGGUUAAAAUUGAAAAUAAAUUUGUGUUUGUUUACUGUGUUUUA